AGCCCAAGCAGCGGCUGAGGAGGGAAAGCUGAGGCAAAGAUGUCGGGGGUCCCGGCGGUGCGCAUCAGCAUCGAGUCCGCCUGCGAGAAGCAUGUGCAGGAGGUGGGCCUGGACGGGAGCGAGACCUACCAGCAGCCGCUCUCCAUGUCGCAGAACUUGGCCCGCCUGGCGCAGCGCAUCGACUUCAGCCAGGGCAGCUCCGGCUCCGAAGAGGACGAGCCCAGCCAGGCCGGCGCCGGCCGAGACUGGGCCGGAGGAGGGGACGACGAAGAAGAGGAAGGUUUGGUAAAGUUUCAGCCUUCUCUCUGGCCUUGGGAUUCGGUGAGGAAUAAUCUAAGAAGUGCUUUGACCGAGAUGUGUGUGCUCUAUGACGUUCUCUGCAUUGUCAAAGAUAAAAAGUUUAUGACUCUAGAUCCAGUUGUGCAAGAGACACUUUCCCAAAAGCAGAAUCCCCAGGUAUUACAGUUGUUCUCCAAGAAAAAGUCGUUAGCUGGAGCAGCCCAAAUUCUUCUGAAAGGAGCGGAAAGAUUAUCAAAAUCAGUCGCAGAAAGCCAGGAAAAUAAGCGGCAGAGAGACUUCAACUCUGAAUUGCUAAGACUGAGACAGCACUGGAAGCUAAGGAAAGUGGGAGACAAAAUCCUUGGGGACUUGAGCUACAAGAGUGCAGGGUCUCUCUUUCCACAUCAUGGUACAUUUGAGGUCAUAAAAAACACAGACAUUGACCUGGAUAAAAAGAUUCCCGAAGAUUACUGUCCUCUAGAUGUUCAAAUCCCAAGUGAUUUAGAGGGAUCUGCCUAUAUCAAGGUAUCUAUUCAGAAACAAGCACCAGAUAUAGGGGAUCUUGGUACAGUAAAUCUGUUUAAAAGACCUCUUCUGAAAUCAAAGCCAGGAGCUCUGCAUUGGCAAGCAAAGCUGGAGACUGCACAGAAUGUCUUGCUAUGCAAAGAGAUCUUUGCCCAACUGUCUCGGGAAGCUGUGCAGAUUAAAUCUCAAAUUCCUCACAUAGUUGUGAAGAAUCAAAUAAUUUCCCAGCCAUUCCCAGGCUUGCAGCUAUCUAUUUCCUUGUGUCACUCUUCAGAUGACAAGAAAUCCCAAAGGUCUGCUUCUGAGAAACAAAGCCCAGAGGAUCACCUUUAUGUUCUGGAACAUAAUUUGCAUCAACUGAUCAGGGAGUUUCACAAGCAGACCCUGAGCUCCACUACGAUGCCUCACCCAGCUAGCGCACCUUUUGGCCAUAAGAGAAUGAGACUGGCAGGACCUCAGGCCUUCGAUAAAAAUGAAAUCAAUUCCUUGCAACCAAACGAGGGGCUGCUGGAGAAGAUUAUAAAGCAAGCCAAACACAUCUUUCUGAGACGCAGAACAGCUCGGACCAUCGACAGUCUCGCCAGCCGUAUUGAAGACCCGCAAAUUCAGGCCCAUUGGUCAAACAUCAAUGAUGUCUAUGAAUCGAGUGUCAAGGUCCUGAUCACCUCUCAAGGUUACGAGCAGAUAUGCAAGUCCAUUCAGCUGCAACUGAAUAUCGGCGUUGAACAGAUCAGGGUCGUACACAGAGAUGGAAGAGUGAUUACACUGUCCCAUCAAGAACAAGAGCUACAAGAUUUUCUUCUCUCGCAGAUGUCGCAGCAUCAAGUGCAUGCAGUUCAGCAAUUGGCCAAAGUUAUGGGAUGGCACGUGCUCAGUUUCAGCAACCAUGUGGGGCUGGGUCCAGUCGAGAGUAUUGGCAAUGCGUCAGCCAUAACGGUGGCAUCUCCAAACGGGGACUACUCUAUUUCAGUACGCAACGGUCCAGAAAGCGGCAGCAAAAUUAUGGUGCAGUUCCCGCGGUGCCAGUGCAAAGAUCUCCCCAAAAGCGACGUGCUGCAAGACAGCAAAUGGAACUACCUUCGCGGUCCAUUCAAAGAGGUUCAGUGGAACAAAAUGGAAGGGCGGAACUUUGUCUACAAAAUGGAACUCCUAAUGGCAGCUUUGACCCCCUGCACCUAGGUUAAGCAGCAUCCCAAGGACUGUUUUGGUACACGCCGAACACAAGGGAAUCUGCACAAAAAACAACAGGCAAGCUUGGGAAAGUGUUUGGACUUGCAUUACUGCACUCUGAUAUCCACUCCUGGAUUGUUCCUACUAAGUGACAUAACUAGUAAAACAAUCUCCAGGAACUUGACUCUUUCCCUUAGAUAAUAUUAAAUGUCUUUAGUUCUGGAUGCAUUUUCUCCCACAACGUUCUUCUGAAUAUUGAAUUAAAUGAUGCCAUUUUUGAGAUAA